AUGUCACAAAGUCAUGCUCUUUCCGAUGAUCAGGUUGCGGGCGAGCUCCGCAAAAUGACGGCCUUCAUCCGGCAAGAAGCGCUUGAGAAGGCCCGUGAGAUUCAAUUGAAGGCCGAUGAAGAGUUCGCAAUUGAGAAGUCCAAGCUCGUCCGCCAGGAGACCGCCGCCAUUGACAGCUUGUACGAGAAGAAGUUCAAACAGGCUGCCAUGUCCCAACAGAUCACCCGCUCUACCCUUGCGAAUCGCACCCGUCUCCGUGUCCUCUCCGCUCGCCAGGAUCUGUUGGAUGCUCUGUUCCAGCAGGCACGCGACAAGAUCUCCGGCGUUGCGGCUAAGGACGCCACGAAAUACCAGUCGGUGCUUAAGGGCCUGAUUCUCGAAGGUCUGUACGCGCUAAAUGAGGACAAGGUGUCCAUCUGUGCGAGGAAGAAGGAUUUCGACGCCGUCAAGAAGGCAAUCGAGGAGGCCGAGAAGGAAUUCAAGGAUACCGUGGGCAAGGAUGUUGCUGCCGAGCUGGAUGAAGCUGAGCCGUUGCCUGAGGGGCUGGCUGGUGGUGUCGCUAUUUAUGGUGGACAGGGAAAGAUUGAGAUCAACAACACCUUUGAAGAGCGCCUACGGCUUCUUGAGAUUGAUGCACUCCCGGCUGUGAGAGAAACGCUAUUCGGAAAGAACGUAAGCCGAAAAUUCUACGACUAA